AUGGAUUCCGAGCAUUCUACAUAUGGACUUCUUCUCUGCUGCCGUGAAGCGUGGGGCGGUCAUCAUCCAAUUCUACUCACUGCAUCGCAAGGCGGCCGAAUUGAGACAUCCGAGUUCACUUACUUAUACAGAGGCAAGUUAAUUAACUGUUGUAAUGGUUUGUGCAUAGAGGCAUACUGUCGUCGUAGAAUUCCAUACAUUACAAAUCCCGCAACAAAGCAAUCAUUCAUUAUCCCUUCAUUGCCUCAAAAUCCAUCGCGUGUUGAGCGAUUUGGUUAUUUAUGGAGACUGUAUUAUCUGUCAACGGGGACGUUCCUAUCACUGUUGGUUGGCGACAACAGAGAUUUGUCGUGGGAUGUUUGGGGGAUGAAAUCGGAAACUGGUGAAUGGAGGAAGGUGCUUCCCGACAUUAAGUUGGGAUCUCAAAAGUGCAGGCUUCAACCUUCAGCAGGUAAAAAAGAUCAAGUCUUGGAGCCUUUUGGUUGGGUUAAAUACCCUGAGGUUCUGGCCUUGCGUUUUCGUGGUGAGAAUCGCACUUGUAUUUUCUACAAUCUUGAUACACAUGAAAUCAACUCCACUGAAUUACCAUACUCUUGUUCAUCGUACAAUGGAUUUGUGCAUAAGAAUAGCCUGGUAUGGUUAAGUUAA